CUCCACCAUGGGCGCUCACAAGCAGAAUGGUGAAGUCAACUACUGCAGGAGACCACCAGAUAGACCUUUCUUGCAGAGGAUCCAGUACGCUAUAUGGAACCCAGAGGAGGGGAAGUUUUUGGGGCGCACGCCGCAUAGAUGGGGUGUGAUCGGGCUGAUCUACCUGGUGAUGUACAUCUGCAUCAUCAUCUUCUUCUCCAUCUGCAUGACGGGGCUGCUGUACACCAUGGACGAGAAGAUCCCGUACUUCCAGCUAGCUGACUCCAUCAUUGGCGACAACCCCGGGAUGGGUCACCGGCCGCUGAUCUACGAGGAGGGUGCUUUGAUCUGGUACACCCGAGGCAACCGGACGCAGUACCAGAAGUACAUAGACAACUUGAAUGAGUUUCUGAACCCGUACGAGAACAAAUCCUUACUGGUGAACCGGGGGGUGAACCAGAUAGACUGUCCUAACGAGAUGCGACCGCCCCGGGAUGAGGUCUGCUCCUUCGAUGUGACCAGGCUCCGGGCUUGCACCAAGGAGACUGACUAUGGCUACAGCAGCGACAAGCCAUGCUUCGUUAUCAAGUUGAACAAAUUAUACGGAUUCAAGCCCGACUACUUUGACACUCUCGAAGAAUUACCUGAAGAAAUACCUCAGCAUAUCAAGGAUUACAUGACUGAACAUACAGCGCAUGAACAGCGUCGUAAAGUAUGGGUAUCAUGCGAAGGGGAGCGUGGGGCUGACAAGGACGCCCUGGGAUCCUUGAAGUACUACCCCCAACCAGGGUUCUCCCAGUCCUAUUUCCCAUACGACAACACGCCUGGAUACCUGAGUCCUUUGGUCUUUGUGGAACUACAGAAUCCGACAAGGGGUCAGAUCAUCAACAUCCGCUGCAGGGCUUGGGCCAAGAACAUCAGGUACUCCGAGAGCCUCAAGAACCGUCUCGGCUCCACGCAUCUGGAGGUCAUGAUCGAUUAAAGACUGGUCUCGUAGAAACUACCAGUGCCUUAGUAUUUAAAAAAAAUGUUCAAUCACACAUUUCAUGCAGAAUUUUAAGAGAAUUCUCUCUCUUCUUCCACUAUCAAUAAAAAUAAAAAUAAAUUUAAUAGAAUUGUAAACCUUUAAACUUAUAGAAGGUCACUAUUUAGAUUUCUUUGAUAAGUAUAAUUUUAAAUCCAAAAUUAAUGUCACAGAAAUCAAAAUAGUAAGCGCCUUUCUAUUAAGAUUUACAAUUUUAAAUAAUUAAAGAGAUUAAGUUUUUCGAUCCAAUAAAAAUUUAACUAAUUAAAUAACGCGCAUACGUUCAUAUUGCGAAGACUGUUCUAGUUAUAUUUUUAGUAGUCAAUUCACCACUUACAAAGUCACAGGGUCACAGGAUUUAAUUUUAUUUAAUUUGGCAUCUCUUUCUUUACCUUCCUGACCACGGGAUCGAAAUAGAAACUUGUUCUGAAGCAAGAAUCCAUAAAAUUUCUAUCAUUUACAUGUCAUGAAGUUUAAUUUUGGUUCUGUAGUUUCAAAUUUAUCCAUUACAAAACAAACAUAUCUUAAUCAGUGUAGAUUAGUUUGUUUCUAGUCACGAUAUUUUUAGAUUUUGUUUAAAAAUGUCUCAUUACAGACAUUUAAGGAAUAAGUACUUAAAUAAAGGUUAGUA